AACACGCUCAAGAGUUUCGCCCGCGCCCUCGACUGCGAAACAGGUGCCACCCGAAAACCUUCACUCUUUGAAGAAUCAACAGGGUAAACGCGAAUUUUCCCCGGAAAAAUCCUACGUUUUCUCGCUAGAGCUUUUAAAAUCGCAAAAAUUAAACGCCAGAGUUGAAUUUUCUCGCGUGGUUGAUUCAUUCGCGAAAGUGCAGAGAUCGUUUUUUUUUUUUAGAUACAAAUAAUUUGGUUCCUUUUUUCCCGAGUGUUGUGGUUUCAACCCCGGUUUAAGAACGUUUUCAUUAUUUUUUUAGUGUCACCGUAUAAAAAAAACCAAACUUAAAUCAAGAUGGUGAGCAUAGCUACGAUUGCGACGAUUGUCAUCAAAGUUGUGAAAUUGGUGCUGAACAUCAUCAUUUUGAUCCUGUAUCGGACAGGUUACGGAGGAGGCUUUUUGGGAGUAGGAGGAACAUGGAAUCUGAACGAAGAGAAGAACCCAGAUGCCGAAAUAAUAGCAUCCGGCGUCUUCGUGGGCUUCGGAAUAUACACCAUCGUCACUCUCAUUUCAUAUGGAUUUGGAACGACUGAGCAGAAGAAAACUUUGGUGGACAUAAUCAUGAACUUUGUCGGGACAAUACUAUUCAUCGCUGUUGGCGGAAUCGCACUGCACUACUGGUCUGGCUACCAAAAUGAGCAUCACUACCAGAAAGUAAUGCCCGAACGCACGAUAGGGCUCACAGUGGGCGUUCUCUGCAUAUUCUCUGGAGCUAUCUACUUGACCGAUGGUGUUUUAUCCUUUAUACACUUUGCAAGGGAUGCAGAAUACAGAUAAACCUCCCCUGAACGUUAUCAUCUCUGAUUGUUAAAAUGAAAAUGAAAGAAAAACAAACAUAAACUGCCAUUGGAUGUUUCACUGAUGAAAGAUCAACAUACCUCGACAAGUUUCAAAAUUUGAGCUCUGCUUUCAUCAUUUUAGAAUAUAAGUGACCGAUAUAAUUUUCUGGAUUUUUACAGAAUAUUCUUCGCAAGACAGGAGGAAAUAUUAAGAGGGAGUGUUGCUGAAAUUGCACUGUAACGAUCUGAGAUAAAAUGUUUUCAACUUUCACCAAUCUUUUGUCAUUGCAGAGCAUUUAGAGACAAAGGUUGAAUUGGACUACAUUUUGCAAUUUGGAUCUAUAGAUUCUAGCCCGGUUUAAAAACAACGUAUGUGCCAUUAGUUUUCCUAUGCACAUAAGUGUUUUUCGUGAAGAGCCAAAAUUUAUAGUUCCAAAAUGCAAAAUGCAGUCCAAUUAUUCCUCCGUUCUAAAAGCUGAAAGCAAGGGAUUUUGAUUGUUUAUAUCUGAAAUUAGCGAAACUGAAGGAGGUAUUCGUGAUCUGUGCAUUGUAAAAAAUUAUUGAAAACUUGGUAUCAGGAUAAGUCACGAUUGGUUUUCAGCCCCACUGACUGUAAAAGUUGCGUAUGUAGAAAUUCAUACUCGUUGAGUUAAUAAAAAAAUAUUUUUUAUUACUCAGACUCAGUCUUGGCUUUGGGUGACAAGUGGGAAGCCAUCAAAUUCAGACUUGCGAAUUUGUUAAGAGCAUGUAAGAAAAUCGUAAUAAAAGGAAGGAAAUUUUUCGUUCACUGCCAAAGGUACUGUUGAGUUAAUUAAUGAGUGCUCAAUUUCAAUGCUACAUUACACUUGACAAAAUAAAAUCAAUAGGUAGCCAACAUUUUCCUAUCAUGGGAGAACCUUUUCAAGACUUAGUAGCAUUGAUGUUUUCUGACUGUCAUCGACUUAAUCCUGUGUACUUGUAGAAUAACUGUAAAUGAACAGAAGGAAUUUACAAAAAGGAUCUAGGUGCCAUUCCUGGCUUGUAUUAGAAACAAUAGAUUUGCCUCAAGUUCCCACACGCAGUUAGGUGCCUCUACGGAUAAACCAGAAAUAGGAGUUCCUUGUUGCAAUAUGUAGUCCAAAUGUUACUUUAAGAUCUAGUUGUAUUUUUUUAUACUUUUGCAGCUUAAAUAAUUUUAAAACUUCUUUUAUAUACUUGUGAAGGAAAUAAAUGUAAAUUUGAACAAAUAA